CAUGUCAUAAUUUUAGCAAGUUAUGUACUUUUUCAACAUGUUUGCUAAUUUCAAAAGACGGCCACAAGUUUGCUGCUUCAAAGUAGGCAAAAUGCAGUAAUUUUACUGGACGGUUCCUAAUAAUUUUGAGAAGGUUGGAACUGUUGGUUGGUUGAUGAGAGGAAAACAGACAAUUGGGAUUUAUUGCGGUCAAAUUAAUUUUUGUUUUGUUUCUAUGUUGCUUUUAUUUCCACAUGAAAUCACGAGGAGACUUUGAGACGUGACAACUCCGCAGGUACUUCCUAGUUUGACGGUGUUUUAUUUUCCAAUCCAAUUCUCUGAGCGGAAAUGUGUCCGCUGGAAGUUGGCAACUUGAGGCGGAAGUAGAAACGUGUCUGGUCGACUGUCGUCACUUAGGUCCGCGACAUGUAUUUAAAUCCGGACGCUCAGCCUUCCGGGGUCAGUGUAUCGUCAUCGACUCACAACGAGAGAAUCAUGAGUGGCCGUGGAAAGGGAGGCAAGGGACUCGGGAAGGGCGGCGCCAAGCGGCACCGUAAAGUCCUCCGCGAUAACAUCCAGGGCAUCACCAAGCCCGCCAUCCGCCGCCUGGCUCGCCGCGGCGGAGUCAAGCGUAUCUCCGGCCUGAUCUACGAGGAGACCCGCGGCGUGUUGAAGGUGUUCCUGGAGAACGUGAUCCGUGACGCCGUGACGUACACGGAGCACGCCAAGAGGAAGACUGUGACCGCCAUGGACGUGGUGUACGCCCUGAAGAGGCAGGGCCGCACCCUGUACGGCUUCGGAGGCUAAAUCUGACCCGACCACAAACAAACAAAACAAACAA